GGCUGAAGCAGAGCAGCAGGUUCUGUCAUCUAUCAGGCAAUAUUCUGCAGGUUACGCCUCCCUUAUCCUGCUGGACCUCUCAAACUGGACCUCUCUUGAGGAGGGAGAAGAACCAUCUUCAGUAUUGUUUUGAAAAUAUAAAUCCCUUGUACAACCGGGAAAGACAUGCAGACAUGCAUCUAGCGGAGUUUGACAACGUGACUCUGAGGGACAACACUACCAACUGUCUGUCGAUCGAUGACUUCCGUAACCAGGUGUACUCUACGGUGUACUCUAUCAUCACAGUGUUCGGCCUGGCCGGUAAUGGUUUCGCCCUGUUGGUUCUGGUUAAAACGUUCCGUCAGCGUUCUGCGUUCCACAUCUACAUGUUGAACCUGGCCGUGUCCGACCUGCUGUGUGUCUCCACGCUGCCGCUACGGGUCCUCUACUACGUCAAUAAGGGUCAGUGGAACCUGGGAGACUUCCUGUGCAGGGUUUCGUCCUAUGCCCUCUACGUGAACCUCUACUGCAGCGUGUUCUUCAUGACCGCCAUGUCCGUCACACGCUUCCUCGCCAUCGUGUUUCCCGUGCAGAACCUGCGCCUGGUCUCAGAGCGUCGCGCCCGUCUGGUGUGUGUCUGUAUCUGGGUGUUCAUCUGCACUGUCUCCUCCCCCUUCCUCAUGACUGGUCAGCACCUCGACCCAGCCACCAAUAAGACCAAGUGCUUCGAGCCUCCAGAGCGCAGCACAGGGGGCGGGCUUAGCAAGCUCAUCAUGCUCAACUACUUCUCAUUGGUCGUGGGCUUCGUGCUUCCUUUCUUGGUCAUCCUGCUGUGCUAUGCCGGGAUUAUCCGGGCUCUGCUGUCACGGCAACACACUGCGCAGCGCCAGAAGGGGGCGGGGUCUAAGGCCAUCAGAAUGAUUGUCAUAGUGAUGCUAGCAUUCCUGCUGUGCUUCAUGCCGUACCACGUCCAACGCUCCGUCCACCUCAGCUUCCUCUCCCAGACUGCCACUUCCUGUUCGGAGCUGGUGUACAUGCAGAAGAGUGUGGUGGUGACACUCUGUCUGGCUGCCUCCAACUCCUGCUUUGACCCCUUGCUCUACUUCUUCUCUGGAGAGGGCUUCAGACGACGCCUGUCAACAUUCAGGUCCACUAGCAGGACACAGAGACAACCGGCCACAGAGACAGGGGCACAGCCACCGUUAGGGAGGGGAACACGCUUUGAGUGA